AUGGCGCUCUCCACCCUGAUACUAGCCGCGGCGGCGCUCAUUGUAUUAUCUCUGCUCAUCAAGUCAGCCUUUGGCACUCUGAGAGCUAUUCGCUCGCCACUGCGAGACAUACCAGGGCCAUGGUACGCUCCGCUGACCACUAUGCACCUGAGAUGGGGCUUCUCGACGGGUGAGAUCUGGAAGACCGUAGAGAAAGCUCACUCCAAAUAUGGGUCGAUAGUUCGACUCGGCCCGCGUCAAAUCUGGGUCUCGGACAAAGAUGCCCUGAAGCAGAUCUUGGUCAAAGUAGACCUACCUAAGGUCGCCAUGUACUCUGAGAUCUCACGGGACAAAAUGAGUCCCGGUCUGUUUGGUGAAAUCCGCUACGAGCCUCACAAGAAACUCAAGCGAUUCCUCACGCCAGCCUUCACCGUCAACUACAUCGACAACCUCGAGUCUUACUUCCAACACACCGUCCGGGCCUUGUUGUUCAAGUACCAAAAUGAUAUCGAGAACGACUUCCAACUAGCCAAACACACCGGCUUCCCAGCUGACCUGAUGGACGACCUCCACAACGUUGCCCUCGAUAUCAUGGGAGAAUGCUCCUUCGGCAAGGGCUUCGGACAAACGAACCCAGCCCUGAUGGAGGUAGAGAACGGUGUAGACGAGAAAGUAUGGAAGUCGAUCCCGCGGUCCAUCUUCGACGGGCUCGCGAAGCGCUACCAGACCGUCUACGUCAAGAAGUUCUUCCGGCAGCUGGGGUGGGACAUCAAGUUCGACUGGCCGGCCGAGAUGAUCACGGCCAUCGACGCCGUGGUGCGCCGCCGCAGCGCCAGCAAGGACACGGAGCGCCAGGACCUGCUGCAGCACAUGAUCGACGAGGGCCGCAAGCCUGACACGGGCACCGCCAUGACCGCCCGCGACAUCAUCGAUCAGAUGGCCGAGGUGCUGCUCGCCGGCUCGGAGACUACUAGCGGUACCAUCGCGUGCCUGUUCCUGGAGCUCGCACGCAACCCUGACGUCAAGGCCAAGCUGCUGGCGAGCUUGCCUGCGAGGGCGGUCCUGGACGAGGAUAUCAUCACGUCCAAGACUGUGCGGACGGACCCACAGUACGAGUACCUUGAGGCUUGCAUCAAGGAGAACUUGAGGAUGCACCCUAUUGCUUCUGAGAUGGGUCGCCGGACGGGCAAUGAGUGGGUCGAGAUCAUGGGUUACAGACUUCCGCCUCACACUGUAGUCAGCGCCAGUUACAGAGCCUUGCAUCUGAACGAGCAGCACUGGCCGCAGGCGCAGCGAUUCUGGCCUGAGCGGUGGUUGUCAGAGGAUAAGAGGGGAGACGCACCAGCUCCCGACAUGGACGCAUACUACCCCUUCUCUGGCGGCAAACACUCAUACAUAGGAAUCAACUUUGCCUGGGCUGAGAUGCGGAUGGUUGCCGCCAACAUCUUCAGCCGCUUCGACGUCAUGGAAGUGCCUGGGCAGGAUAUUGACUUCAGGCAGUAUAUCACGAUGCAAUUUGCCAGCGGCCACUGGAAGGUCAAGCUCAGGCCGAGGCAGCUGAAGUUUUGA